AUGGGAUUAGUUUUAACAGCAAAAUCACUUCUGCAAUUCAAAUCUCAUAGCUUUCUUUUGCAAAAACAAGAAAAAACAAAUGGCUUCAUUUCAUAUUCGAUCAAUCAGUCUGCCGUCUAAAUCUCAUCCUCUAACUGCAACUCUAGAGGAGCAACUUUGCAAGCUAAACACAUCACAGUCAUCCUUAUCAGUUGGCCAAAAAUUAAGUUGCUUAAAAGAGUUGUAUGAGUGUGUCGAUGAUUUUCUUCAACUAACUCUUUCCCAUGAGAAGCAGAACCAAUCUGUAGAAGAAGCAUUGAAUGGAUCCUUGUGUUUGUUGGAUAUAUGCAGCAACACCAGAGAUUUUUUCUCACAGAUGAAGGAAUGUCUCCAGGGGCUUGAAUUAUCUCUCCGAAGAAGUGGAAACGGAGUUGAUGCAUAUAUGGCCUCAAGGAAAACAUUGAAUAAAUUGAUCUGCAAGUAUCUAAGAAAUCUGAAGAAACAAGACAAGAACAGCAAAAGUAACUCAGAUUUUGUAGUCUUGCUCAAAUCUGUAGAGGAAAUUAGUGUAUCAAUGUUUGAAUCCAUCUUAUCUUUCAUUUCUCUACCAAAGUCAAAAUCAAAGCUCUCUAUUUUCACAAGAAUUUUGCAACCAAAAAAUUCAUCAUGCGAAGCGGAAGUUGAAGCCAGUGAAGUAGAGAAGAUUGAUGCUGAAUUGUGUAUCUUGAAGUCCAGCAAUGACAGCAAUCAGAGGAAAACUAUGUUGAAAGAAUUAGAAGGAUUGGAGAUGAUUCUUAAAGAAGCAGAAGAGGAAUUAGAGUGUGUUUAUAGAAGAUUAGUCAAAAUCAGAGUCUCUAUUCUCAAUAGUCUAAAUCAUUAGGAGACUGCUUCUAUCAAAAUUUUGUAGCAUUUAAAAUCUUACACCAAAUUGUACAUAAACAUAUAUACAAAUAGAAAAUGAAUAUACUCAGAUUUCUCUCA